UAUUCACACACGCAAGUUAGCCAGCUAGCGGCGGCUAAAUAGCAGAACUCCUGUCCCUUAGUUUAUUUAGAUUUAUGUUUUAUAAACUUUGUCUAUUUAGCAGGCGUUCGAGGUGUUUUUGCCAUAGCUUGGCAUCGUUUUCACCGUAGUUGGUGGUUCCCUGCUUUGAUUUGCCUCUGUAAAACAUUACUGCAUGUUUAUUACAAGAUCAUGAAGGUGAACAAAAACAUCCAGGUAAAAGGUAAACCUCAAAAAUGGAAAGAUGUGAGGAGCAAACGGUGCAGAUCCUCCAUCAAAUCCUCAAAUCUCAAUUCUAGUCCUGUCAUGGUCAAGAUGGUAAAGGAGCACCAGGCGUCUAUGAAGAAAAAACCCUCUUUAAAGAGGCUAAAAAAUAAACCAAAAACUGUCUCUGAAAAGAAGAAAAACUCUCCAUCUGGAUUUAAGAAACUUGAGUCUCAAGCUAAUGGGUGCUCAAAAUUCGCCUUGAAUGAUGAGAUAGAAAACCUACCGGACUUUAUGGAGGGUUCUGAGUCGGUUCAUAUAAAUGGUAUGGAAACUUCAGAAGAGUCAGAGGAAGUCCCAGAGAGCAGACUGGAGGGGGAGGCUCUUCAUCACUGUGCACAAAGAGGGAACCAGCAAAACCGUGCAGUGUUGGUCAUGCAGAAAAAUCAGACGCUGUGCUUCCGUGGGAAAUGCAUUGUGACCUGUUUGUACGGUCGUGUUGAAGUGAUGGGAUUUACUAUUGAUGAGGGUCAGAAGUCGUACCCCCUGUUCUCCCCAGCUUCACACUGCCCGCUCACGCUCAGAGCACUAGGACACACUGAUUACGUCAGAGAUGACAGAACAGAGGCUUCCAACAUCCUUGAAGAUUAUCUUUCAGCAGCAUCACGGAAGAAAUUGGUAAAAAAGGUAACACCAACAUCAUCCAUCAUCCUCCUGGAACCUUUAGAGACUCCUCUGACACACUUUCUGUCAAGCUUUACACACCUUAGUGAACUGUUCAGUCCCCCUGUGAGUGAAUUAAUGUCGGCUGUUCUUGACACCCCACUGAACGGUCUGGGUGUGAUUCCACUUGCCAGCAACAUAGAGGGACUGAAAAUAUCCAGGAGCUGCAGAGAUGCUCUCGGCACAGUUAUCAAUGCUUGCAAAGGAGAUAUAGACGGUUGUGCUGUUAUUCUUGUGUGUGGAGUCAAGAAUGUGGGCAAAUCAACAUUUAUCCGGAUCCUCAUCAAUACGUUGCUGAAUCAUACUUCCAAUGUGGACUAUUUGGAAGGAGAUCUUGGUCAAACAGAGUUCACCCCUCCUGGUUGUCUGUCUUUGUCGACUGUCAAAGAGCCACUUCUGGGUCCUCCAUUCACACACCAAGUCACCCCGGACCACAUGAUCUACUACGGUCAGUCUUCAUGCGAGACAGACUUAGAUGGAUACCUCGAGUCUCUGAAGUCUUUAUGGCGCAGGCGUCCACAGAGCAGAGAAAUACCCGUCAUCAUUAAUACUAUGGGCUGGGUAAAAGGACUUGGUUUCCAGCUGCUGGUGGACCUGAUCCGCUUCCUGCCCGUCACUCACGUCGUCCAGCUCAGCCACGGAGUCUCCACCCAGUGUUCCUCCCUCACGCCAGAUUUUCUGAGGAUGGCACAGGGCUAUCAAACACACCCGCCCAGUCAGACCGCCCUGGACGAGCUCACGGAGAGGCACUGCCCCCCGAAAACUUACACACACCUCAACGUACAGUCAGAAUUUCGAGGCGUGGCACGCCAAGGGACGGCAAAACACCAGAGGUCUAAUGAGCAGAGAGAGUUGUCGUUGCUGGGUUACCUGAGUCAGCUGCAAUCUGAUGACCCUGGACCAGUUAGACCACUACACACCCUCACCCCCUACCAGGUACCUAACACAGCAGUGGCUUUGGGUGUUAUCCACUGUGAGGUGGCACCCUCUCAUAUGUUUUACGCCAUCAACGCCAGUCUGGUGGGACUCUGCUGUUUGGCAGAGAAAGUAACAAGCAAAGGAGGGCCCGUCAUCCUGUCCCAGGCGACUCUUUGCCCAUGUGUGGGGUUUGGUGUUCUUCGAGGUAUUGACACAGCACGAGGUCUGUACUUCUUGCUGACUCCUGUAGAUCCCUCCGUCCUCAGAAAUGUCAACUGCCUCCUCUUGGGGGCGAUUUCUUUGCCUUCAUGCAUCCUAACUGAACAGCCUGGCUUUGAGGGUGAGAUGCCAUAUGUCACUGCAGACUACAGCUUCGAUCUGACCGGUGCAGGGAAGAUACGAGUCUUCAAGGGCCUGAUGAGGCCCAGUCUGAUGGGAGUGAAGUGACCUGACAGAAUCAGUUUAUUAGCCUUUACAUUUCUUGACUUGUCUUGAAUCAGACUGGUCGUCGCUGAGCUGUGAAUGUGCAGAACUGAAGUUGAGUUGCCCUGCAGGAGGCGUUCACUGCAAUCUUUUAUAGUGGACAUUAUUUCUGGCAAAUUCAGGUGCUUGGAUAACAGACUUACAGUUGUCUACUGUACCUCUGGAAAGGAGUUAUAAGCUGCUGCGUAUCACAUGGACACUGAUGUAUAACAUGAUACCUUUUAGUUUUUGUUUGUCACGUUCCUGAUCUAAAAACCUGCCACAUAAUAAACAACAAAAAAAAA